UGCGCCCCUUCUCCUCCUCUCCCUGAAAACCAAGAAACCCCUCCCAAACUCCAAAACUCCCGCGCUUCCCAAAAGCCUCCUUCCCUCUCUCCGUCUCUCGCUAUAUAUCAAUCGCUGCUCCGCGUAGACACGACGCCCAAGCAAACCCUUCUCUCCUUGUUUUCCUCUUUCCCGCUCUCGAUCGCCCGACCAUGCCUGCCAUGAUGCCACCAUCUGCUGCUGCUCGAGUUGCAGCCGUCGGCGAAGAGGAGUACGAGCCUUUGCUGGCAGAGAAUCCGGAUCGGUUCUGCAUGUUCCCCAUCACUUACCCUUCCAUCUGGGAGUUCUACAAGAAGGCGGUGGCCUCCUUCUGGACGGCGGAGGAGGUGGAUCUGUCUCCGGACGUACCCCAUUGGCAGCAUCGCCUCUCCCACGACGAGCGCCACUUCAUCUCCCACGUUCUUGCCUUCUUCGCCGCCUCAGACGGCAUCGUCCUUGAGAACCUCGCCGCCCGGUUCAUGCGCGACGUCCAGCUCCCCGAGGCUCGCGCCUUCUACGGCUUCCAGAUCGCCAUCGAGAACAUCCACUCUGAGAUGUACUCCCUCCUCCUCGACACCUACAUCAAGGACCCUGACGAGAAGACCCGUCUCUUCCGAGCCAUCGAGACGGUCCCCUCUGUCGCCCGAAAGGCCGACUGGGCCCUGCGCUGGAUUGAAUCUUCCGGCUCGUUUGCCGAGCGAAUUGUCGCCUUCGCCUGUGUCGAGGGAAUCUUCUUCUCUGGCUCCUUCUGCGCUAUCUUUUGGCUCAAGAAGCGCGGCCUCAUGCCGGGGCUCACCUUCUCGAACGAGCUUAUCUCCCGUGACGAGGGCCUUCAUUGCGACUUCGCCUGCCUCCUCUACAGCCUCCUCCGCAACAAGCUGUCGGAGGACCGUGUCCGGGCCAUCGUUGCCGACGCUGUCGACAUCGAGCGGGAGUUUGUUUGUGACGCCCUUCCCGUAGCCCUCGUCGGGAUGAACGGCGACCUUAUGAGCCAGUACAUAGAGUUUGUGGCCGACCGCCUGCUUGAGUCACUGGGUCACGGUAAGAUGUUUGGGGUGGUCAACCCCUUCGACUGGAUGGAGCUCAUCUCGCUGCAGGGGAAGACGAACUUCUUCGAAAAGAGGGUUGGAGAUUACCAGAAGGCCUCAGUGAUGUCCAGCUUGAAUGGAAACGGAGACAUCCAUGUGUUCAAGCUGGAUGAAGAUUUCUGAAGAUGUAUCGUCGUCUCGGUGGUUCGACUCUUCUCCUCUUGCAAACUUUCUGAUCUUUUUAGAUUUAAUGUGUUUGAUUUGAAAUGUUUGCAUGCUAGUUAUUGUAUAUAUAAAGAAUGAACAGCUUCUUCUACUAAUGGGUGCGGUUUAAUCUUUACUGAAUGGCAUAUGUUU